AUGAGGAAGGUACCUGAAAUGGUUGGAACUGCUUUUUGUAAUGAAACUGAUUUCCUGAAAAAGCUAAGUGCAGUAGUUUGGGAUAGAGAGAUUGAUCCUCAUGUAUUUGUUGAUGGCUGGAAUAGUGUUAUGGAGGAGUUUAACCUUGUUGAUCAUGAGUGGUUUUCAUACAUGUUCAAGAUUAAACAUCUUUGGAUUCCUGCAUAUUUUAGGGACUUAUUUAUGGGUGGGUUACUGCGUUCUACAUCUAGGUCUGAGGAAAAGCAUGCUGCUGUUGUUUAUACUCGUUCCAUAUUUUAUGAUUUUCAAGGCCAGGGACCCUGUUUUUCGUGUGGUGUUGAAAGUUGUAGUUCUCUGUAUGGAGAUGGUGUGGAGUUUUUUGUUAUUGUUGAUCAUGAGAAAAGGAAAAAUUUUGAUGUAAAUUUUGACUUGGCAACAUAUGAGUCAAGUUGUACUUGUAGAAUGUUUGAGAGUCAAGGUGUUUUAUGUAGACACAUUUUGUUUGUUAUGAAAGGCAAGUGUAUACGUGAAAUUUCUAAUGCUUAUAUCUUGAAUCGUCGGAGAAAAGAUGUUUUGAAGAAAGCUUUUGCCAUAGAUGUUGCUCUGGAUGAUGCUUCUAAGUAUGAUAAGAAGAAGCAAUUGGUCAGUGAUGUAUGGUCCAAGAUUUUCAGUUGUGUGAGUUUAACUGACCAAUAUGAGGAUGAUUUAUCUAAGCUUAUUAGGACAUUAUCCCCAUUUGAGGAGCAGAUGAUAUCAAAGAAUAAUCCUGAAAAUGCACUUAGUUCAAAAGAGGUGAAAGAUGUUGAUAUUCAGGUUUUGGUUGGGUCAAAUGAAGUUGAUGUAAAUGUCUUGCCUCCAAAUCAGUGUCUUAAUAAAGGUUCUGCCAGAAGUUCAAAGAGGUUGAAGAGUGCAAAAGAAAUAGCUAGUGAAGAAAAAUCUAAAAAAGGCAGAACUUGUAGAGCUUGUGGGCAAUCUGGUGUUUCCCAUGAUAGUAGAAAAUGUCCAAACAAGUAG